AUGAGUGAUAAUGAAAAUAUAAGUAAUUUAAAAGAUGAAUUUAUUAGUUACUUAGAAGAGAAUGAAGUAAUAAAUCAUAUAAGCAGAGUUCUCUUAAAGUUAUACGAAGAAAAAGAAAAACCUGAUGAUGCUAUUAAAUUUAUACGUGAAAAUUUAUACAGUACAUCUGAUAUAUCUCUAGAAGAUUUAAAAAGAGAGAAUUUAUUUCUUCGUGAAGAAAAUCAAAAAUUAACGAAAAAAUUUGAAGAAUUAAAUGAUACAUUAAAAAAGUUGGUUAGCAGCCAAAAUAAUAUAACAUAUUGA